CAAAGCCGGGGGGGGGCGGGGUGGGGGGGGGGAAGCGACGACACGGUGAGUUGAGGGCCCGCCCCGCAGCCCCCCCACCCAGACGUGCUGCCGCUCUUCGCCGCCGCUGAAGGGAAGAACCGGGCGCGGUCCCGGAUCCUACCGAGGAACCGCCGCCAUGAACAGCGUGGGAGGCGCCGAUGAGAUCGGGAAACUCUUUGUGGGUGGCUUGGACUGGAGCACAACACAAGAAACUCUUCGUAGCUACUUCUCCCAGUAUGGAGAAGUUGUAGACUGUGUAAUCAUGAAAGACAAAACCACAAACCAGUCCCGAGGAUUUGGAUUUGUCAAAUUCAAAGAUCCCAACUGUGUGGGAACAGUCUUGGCCAGCAGACCUCAUACGUUAGAUGGUCGAAAUAUUGAUCCAAAGCCAUGCACACCUAGGGGGAUGCAGCCAGAAAGGACACGGCCGAAGGAAGGAUGGCAAAAAGGAUCCAGGAGCGAUAACAAUAAAUCAAAUAAGAUUUUUGUUGGUGGAAUUCCUCAUAACUGUGGCGAGACAGAGCUCAGGGAAUACUUCAAGAAGUUCGGAGUGGUCACUGAAGUUGUAAUGAUCUAUGACGCAGAGAAACAGAGGCCCCGAGGUUUUGGAUUUAUUACUUUCGAGGACGAACAAUCAGUGGACCAGGCUGUCAACAUGCAUUUUCACGACAUCAUGGGCAAAAAAGUGGAGGUGAAACGAGCAGAACCCCGAGAUAGCAAAAGCCAAACUCCAGGGCCGCCCAGUGCCAGCCAGUGGGGAAGCAGGAUCAUGCCAAGUGCUGCCAAUGGCUGGGCAGGACAGCCCCCUCCGACCUGGCAGCAGGGAUACGGCCCUCAAGGGAUGUGGGUGCCAGCUGGACAGGCAAUUGGUGGCUAUGGACCACCUCCCCCAGGAAGAGGAGCUCCACCACCACCACCACCAUUUACCUCAUACAUAGUCUCUACACCUCCUGGAGGCUUCCCACCUCCACAAGGAUUUCCACAGGGCUAUGGCACCCCUCCACCGUUUAGUUUUGGUUAUGGUGCUCCACCUCCUCCACCUGACCAGUUUGCCCCCCCUGGAGUACCCCCUCCACCUGCAACUCCAGGGGCAACACCACUAGCUUUCCCACCACCACCACCACCAUCUCAGGCAACUCAGGAUAUGAGCAAACCCCCAACUGCUCAGCCAGAAUUCCCUUAUAGUCAGUUUGGGUAUGGACAAGACUUGAGUGGUUUUGGACAAGGUUUCUCUGAUCCCAGCCAGCAGCCCCCUCCUUACGGAGGUCCCUCGGUGCAGCCAUCCAGCGGCCCCCCGGCCGGAGGAAGUGGGUUUGGACGAGGACAGAACCAUAACGUGCAAGGAUUUCACCCCUACAGGCGCUAGCCUGGGGCUGGCAAUCAGGGAAUUCUGUCCACAGGGAUGUCUGGCACCAGCCCAACCCAGGGAUCCCAGACUUCUGAACUUGUGACAAUCACAUACUUGAUGGAGGAGAAAAACAAACAAAAAACCUAACAACUUUUUUUGGUUUUCCUUUUUGGUGUUUUGUUUUUUUUUUUUUUUUUGGUUGUUGUUUUUCCUUUUUCUGUUUGGUUUUGGGGGGUGGGGGUGGGGAGGAGGCAGCUUCUGGAGGCAGAGCUGUGGGGGUUUGGACUGCAGUUUUUUUAAUUCCAUCCUUUCUUUUCUCUAACCCUUCAGCACAAAUAAAGGAGAAACGUCACUGGUUCAACCUUACAGGGUUUAAAAAUGGCUUCAGCUUUAAUUCAGAGCUUCAGGUUGCUUUUGUUUCCUUCUGGGGGGCUUCUUGCUUUGCCUUUGCUUUUUCCCUUCCUUUAUUUUUGCUCUCCUUUGAUUUCCCUCCUUUUUUCCCCUCCUUUUUUCCCCUCCUUUUUUCCCCUCCUUUUUUCCCCUCCUUUUUUCCCCUCCUUUUUUCCCCUCCUUUUUUCCCCUCCUUUUUUCCCCUCCUUUUUUCCCCUCCUUUUUUCCCCUCCUUUUUUCCCCUCCUUUUUUCCCCUCCUUUUUUCCCCUCCUUUUUUCCCCUCCUUUUUUCCCCUCCUUUUUUCCCCUCCUUUUUUCCCCUCCUUUUUUCCCCUCCUUUUUUCCCCUCCUUUUUUCCCCUCCUUUUUUCCCCUCCUUUUUUCCCCUCCUUUUUUCCCCUCCUUUUUUCCCCUCCUUUUUUCCCCUCCUUUUUUCCCCUCCUUUUUUCCCCUCCUUUUUUCCCCUCCUUUUUUCCCCUCCUUUUUUCCCCUCCUUUUUUCCCCUCCUUUUUUCCCCUCCUUUUUUCCCCUCCUUUUUUCCCCUCCUUUUUUCCCCUCCUUUUUUCCCCUCCUUUUUUCCCCUCCUUUUUUCCCCUCCGUUCUAUCUUUUUUCCUCUUCUUUUAACUCUUAUUUUCCAGGUUUUGGGGGUGGUUUUUCUUUCCUAUUUUGAGGGGAGGGGGAUUUGGUUUUGUUCAUUUAUUUUCUGGGGGGUUUCCUUUUCCUUUGCUCUUUCCCUUUGCUUUGCUCUUCCUUUUGUGUGUUUUUUGUUUCCUUUGACUGAAUUCCUUCCCCCCGAGCCUUUGUUUUCCCAUAUAUUGUAAACUUUUAUGUUGAAAAGAAAGAAAGAAAGAAAAAUAUAUACCUUUACAGAUUGUGGAGUUUUUAAGAGACAUUUUCUACUCUGCUGGCUUGUUUUUUAAUUUAAGACAGGGUUUCCUGGGGCGCUGUGGGGAGCGAAGGGCGAGCUGCAAACCCUCCCCGACCCCUUAGCUCCCAGCAGCAGCCCCAGAGACUCUGGGAGCUGGGGGAGAGGGGGGGUGAAAAAAUAGACAAAAAGAAAUCUACUGAGUGUGGGGGUCUGCUUAUUUUGGGUUUUUUUCCUUCUUUUUUGCUGUUUUGUUACCUGGUGGUGCAGAGCUGGUGACAAAAGUAACCAACAGGUUGGGUGCAGCCUCAGCCACGCACGGAGUCGCUUCGGGGUAGCUUCUGCGCUUCGAAGGCUUCCAAAUCCUCUGUGGGGUUUGGGAGUGGAGAGGCUAAUGGAGGCCUUGUUAAGAUGUAGAUUUCCCUCAGGCAAAACAAAAAGGGUUUAGGUGCAUUUUGCACUGAGCAGAGAUCAGCCCUGGUUUGAAUAAAGAGAAGUACCUUUGAAGUAGAA